AGAACCAUUCAGGCUGCAUUGGCCAAAAUCUGCAAUAAAGCUAAAAUAUAAGGCUCUUUUAUUAGGAAAACCAGUUGGCAAUCAUACAAGAAAUUGUAAAUUCUGAAAGAAGCCCACAUAAUCUGACUAGAGUUGGCCAACAUGAUAUGAUACUUCCCAGUGGGUUUGUUGAAACUUAUGAUUUGUGUCCGUAGGCUUAGGCUGCCUUGUUAAGAUUUGUAAAAGAGAUUCUAUAUUUGAAUUUUCAUGUUUGUUACAUGAUCUGGUAAUGAUCUAAAAAGCAAAUGGAUUCAGAUAAAUUGAGUAAAUAUAAGGAACAAAUUGACAGUAGACAAAAACGGUUCCAAUAAGACAUGAUUUAUUGAGUGAUUAUGCAAUCAGUCUCCUCAAUAAAGAGUAAACAAAUCUGUAAGAUGUUCAUUAAGUUUUCUAUUGUGUUGGAGCUCUUGCAAUAACCGGUUCUCUACAUCAUAUUGACAAGGACCUCCUUGGGUGGUGGUUAUGUGAGCGACAGGUUAAAUCUGGAGGUCUAAAUGGGCGUCCUGAGAAGCUUCCAAAUGUAUGCUAUUCAUGGUGGGUCCUUUACCUCUUGGAAUCAUUGGGGGAGCACUAGCUGGUCACAGAGUUGUAACUUUGGUAACUUGUAUACUAUGACAAACAAUGAUUCCGUUGAAUUUUUGAUUGCCAUGGACAUCUUCUGGAUCCUGAUUGUGGACUUUGUCUCCGAAGGGCGUUAUCUCUUCCUCAAUGCAAUCGCAAAUCAGAUACGCAACCCAAACAACCAUACACAUUUCUUCUCCUAUGUUCUUCUCUACUUGUUUGUGAAUGCUGACAAGGAAAUUAUACAGGAGCAAAUAACAAGAGUUUUGUUGGAAGGAGUGAUUGUGAAUAGACCACAUCUUUGGAGGCUUUUGAUCACCUUCAUUGAGCUCAUCGAGAAUCCAAAAUACAACUUCUUGUGUAGGUCUUUCACUAGGUGUGCACCGUAGAUUGAGAAACUUUUUGAAUUAGUUUCGAGAUCGUGUGGUGGGUCUAAAUCUGUAGAUGAAUCAAUGGUAUCUGGUGGAAUUCCUGAUAGUGUGCACUGAUUCUGGAAGAUUGGAUCUCUGUAUUUGAUGUCGGUGUAAUGUUUGUAACUGGGUGCUCCCGAGGCCCUUUGCUUGGAUUUAAAUACCUUGAGCCUUUGUCCUACAUACGGAGGUGAUGGUCCUUUUUUGAGUAUUCUCUUACGGCAGCUGGUAAUGCUUCUGAAGAGGCUCUUGAAGCUGCUAACAAUUUUUUAGUACAAAGAUAUGGAGGACACAAACCUGAGUGUUGAUGCAAUUAAAUCAGCCAAUGAUGGUGCACUCACAAGAAGAUAUUUGGCUAAAUUUUGUAUGGUUUAGAACUUAAUGAUAGUGUUUUUUGGAUAAUUUAGAACAUUUUGGAUUGUAUAGACAUUUGUUGAAUGUUCAUAAUUUAUGGAUAUAGUUUUUUUUUGA